CUACUAUAAAAGCUUUAUGAAGAUACAUAUAUUUCACAGUAGAACGUACUAUUUUAUCUCGAAAGAACCGAAUUAAGAAUCUUACGGUUACAUGUAAAAACAUAUAUACAACAGUGUAAAACUCCGCUUAAUCAGUUAUAACCUAACAGGAGGACGAAGUGCAUUAGAAUGGAGACAACAACACUUGUUUCCUCUAUAUCAAACAAUCAUUUCUUUUCUGUCUGUCACUACAUAACGACUUUAAGAAUUAUUUUCAAUAAUAAUAAACUGAUUUCAUCUGCAGUUAAAAGUGAAACAGUACCAGUUGUAAAUGCAUUUUUUGAAUAUCUAAACAUGUCGACUAAUGAAUCCGUGGCAAAAAUUCAUCUUUUUGAAGAAAUUCGCAAUAAAACUGAUAUUUCCGGUUUCAAAAUGCUGAAUAACUUUCAGGACGCUAACAGAUUUUAUAAGUAUAUAAUUAAUGUGGCACUGUUUGCUCCGCAUGGCAACAUUACAGGUAAUGUAAGAAAUAUUUUAAGGAAUAACACAAACAAAAACUUUUCCAAUUUACAGAAAAUUUUGUUUCACAAUUUUUCAAAGAAUUUCAUUGUUAAAAAUGUUUGCUCGUUAAGAAAGGAAUAUGGAAAUCUUAAUAUUCUUGCAAUUAAACGAACCUUUGCAGAGUAUGUUUUACCUAUUUUCACUGAAAUAUGGAAUGCAGAGAAAAAUUUAAAGAGUAUACAAAUGAACGAUUUGAAAAUAGUAAAACGGUUCAGAAGACAAGAAAGUUCGUCAGAAGACAGUGAUAGUAAUGCUCUAGUAAUUGAUGAAGACUCACCUGAAGAAGAGGAUCAAAUAAGAAACAAUUUAUCGCCUGAUAGAUGGUUUAAUGUUAGAAAUACUAUAGAACACAGAGAACUUUCUAACACAAGAUAUUCAAGAAGGAUGGAUGCUAUUAAAACAGCUGCAAAAUUCAUCUCGUCAAAUGUGCCAACGAGAACAUUUACUGAAGCUGUGAAUAUGUUAAAGAGUUACAUAUUAUCUGUAGAUGAUGACAAUUCGAAUUUACUGACAUAUGCUCAAUUGGCUAAAAAUUAUAGGAAUUACAUGACGAUUAUGGACUUUUAUUCACUCUGGAUGAUUGAUAAUAACAAAUACAUAAAUGAUGUGCUAUAUGAAUCAAAGUUUUAUUUUCCACAUGCUUGUGGACAAUGUUACUUGGAAUUGAUGACACUACUUAACGUAAGAACGAGCUCUAUUUUCAGUUACUAUUAUGGUACUUACAUCACACACUUAGAUAUUUUACAACGAAAAAUCAGAUUUGAAGAUUAUUUUAGAAUUUGCUAUGAAUUAAACGAAACGCAAGAACUUCGUUUUACCAGUCAUUUAGAAGUUGCACUUUUGAGAGUGGCUCUUAGACAAUGUGAUGAGGAAUUUAAUGAAGAUCCAAUUGUAUGUGUAUGUGUAUGUAUAUGAAAAAUCGUUGCGGAGUAGCAGACGUUUCUCAAUUCAGCAGGAAUAAAAUCAAAUCCCAUUUUUUAACCAUUGCUGAAAAAUAUAAACGAAUUGAAACAUUUGAAGAAACCAUUGACAAUCAGACAAUAAUAUAUAUGACGGUUGAGUCCAUCGAAGAAAUGCCAAAAGAAGAAAAAAUAAUAGAUAUUGUAAAUGAGCUAAAUACUAUUUAUAUGAAUGGACAUAAAUAUUAUAUAAACGAUGUUCCGCAACUUCAGACAGUUAUUACCAUUUAAAAAUGGCUGCUUAAACGUAAACGUAAUUUCAAAAUGAUCUUUCCCCAAUUUGGACACUUAUUGCAAAAUCGAUAAAAAUACCAGAUAUCCUAAAUUUUUGUUCUUUCAUUUGCGACAAGAAAUUUGAAAAUUACAAAUUUAAUUUGCAAAAUUUACAAAAUUUGAAUUUACAAUUUUUUCCAUAUGAAGUAAAAAUGUUAUCGCUAUGAAUUAUUGUACGCAAUCUUUAAACACUACCAGUAAAUUGUUAAAUGCACAAAAAGAAAAUUUCUCUUUAAUUUCUAGUCUUUUUUUCUAGGGGAGAGUGGCCUUCAUAUAAAGUACUUCAAUUUUCUAAAAAAUGACAGAUUAAAAUUUUUUCUCAUUCUAGAUAUAAAUUACUUUUACGUAGACAGACUAUGUCAACAAUUUUGCGGCACGUAGGUUAUUUAUUUUCAAAGAAAAAUUGAAAAAACUGUUUUUUACUUACUAAAGAAGAAAACUGCUGAAAAUAUAAUGACGUUUUUUAUUGAAACAGAAGGUUUUAAAUUAAAUAAGGUAACUUGCGAUUUUGUUCACUUCGGGUGUCAACUAUAAUAUUUCGAUGUAUUAAAAAGUUUUAAAUCUUGGAAAAAUUUACUAAAAACAAUUUUUGGUGUGAACGUUUGUGUACACAGUGAGCCAGGCAACAUUAAACCACACAAGUUUAUUUAUACAGUGUAAGUAGAAAUAUUAUUUUCAAAGUAAGUUCCUGUGUUUUAAUAGAGGUGGUACAAACAUGAGAAAUUUCAUAUGAUAUUGAGCGGUCUAUAUAGACAGAUAGAACUCCUAAGAGAGUCUGAUCCAAAAGAGUCGCCAGAUGUAGUGGCGACGCUUAGCGACAUCAGGGGAAAAGAAGGGCGAAAUCAUAAUUAGCUAUCCAAAUUCAGGAGCGUUAAUUUUAAGUAUUCUAUGAAGGUCUUGCUUAUUUACAUAUUUAACCGUUUAAAAGGUAAUUUUGAACAUUUUUCGGUUCGUUUAAUUAAUGUUAUUAAUACUUAUUGUUAGACAUUGUACAAACAUAAUUUAUUAAAACAUAUUUCAACUAUAAAUGUCAUGAUGAAAAUUUUAUCACGUCUUUUUGUCAUUCGAUAAAGUAUAAACGGGUUAUCCAUCAAAUUAAACUGUACCGGUUUCAAAACACUAAAAUUUCUUUGUGAAUAGAUUCAUCGGGUUAUUCAGACCAUAAGCCGAAACCUUUGUUAUCAUAAAGAAAUUCUAAACAUUGUAGAAUGUGGUUAAGAAUAAUAUGUAUCUUCAAAGAUUCUGAUACCUCGGUUGCUUUAAAAGUUUUUCUUAGUUCUUUAAUGUUUUGGCAAGUACCGCACUGUUCGUAUUUUUUUAUUAUCAAUAAUUUCCUUAUCGUACAGUUUAUCUGCAUGUUUAAAAAGCUUUCUGCAAUCAUUGCCUUCAAAGAUUUCACCUUGGUAAUUUUUUGGGUCCACUUUAACCCAUUAACGCCCAACUCGUGAAAAUUCUUUGGUCAUUUUCAAGCUACGUAAUUAUAAAUAAAACGGUUAACAAUUUAAACCAGAGGUACAUUUUCUAAAGGUUUUGGAUGUGCUCUUUCUGAUUCCGGUGUCAAAAAUAAAUUUCGUCCAAACCAAAAUUAAAUAUGUCGGUUUUAAUGUCAAAAAA